UGGAGCCCAGAGUGAGACACUCGGUGAUGGUGCCGGUGUUGGACCGGCUCUGAUACCGGAAAUUACAACAUUUAUGGUUUAUUUGUGGUUAAAUUCAACUAUCAGUUUUAUUCUGAGGACUUUCUAUCUCUUUCACUGGGAGUUGAAGUUGAGGCUGCAGGAUUGGAGCGGUGAAGGAGUGGUAAACUGCUUUAAAGUCUGCGAUGUAUCGCUUAAGGACUUGUGCUUCUUGGCUUCGGCCACUCACAGCUGCACAGAGCGCUCAGAAUGUUCUGCAGCAGAGCUCAGCAGCUUGCACACUAAGGACGUUUCAGCCAAACAGGUGCUACACAGCGCAGGUUGUUGCUGAACCCUUCCUCAAUGGCACGAGUUCCAGCUACUUGGAGGAGAUGUACUAUGCAUGGCUGGAGGAUCCCAGGAGUGUGCAUAAGUCUUGGGACAUCUUCUUUCGCAAUGCCAACGCUGGUGUGCCACCCAGCGCUGCCUAUCAGAGCCCCCCUCCUCCUGUGGCAGUAACAUCGGUGCGACCUCAGGCGCUGGUUGGAUCUCAAGCCAAUGUGGAGAAGCUAGUCAAGGACCACCUGGCUGUGCAGACUCUCAUCCGCAUGUACCAGGUGAGAGGUCACCAUGUGGCCAAACUUGAUCCUUUGGGCAUCAGUUGUGUAAAUUUUGACGAUUCCCCGGUUACAGUGGGGUUCCGACAAGUCGGCUUCUAUGGUUUGAGCGAUUCAGACCUGGACACAGAGUUCCGACUUCCCACCACCACCUUCAUCGGGGGCAAUGAAAGCACGCUGCCACUCAGAGAGAUCAUCCACCACUUAGAGAUGGCGUACUGUCAGCACAUUGGAGUGGAGUUUAUGUUCAUCAAUGAUUUCAAACAGUGCCAAUGGAUCAGGCAAAAGUUUGAGAAGCCUGGCACGAUCCAGUUCACUCCAGAGGAGAAACGUAAUCUUCUAACCCGCAUGAUCCGCUCUACUAGAUUUGAAGAGUUCCUGCAGAGGAAGUGGUCCUCGGAGAAGCGUUUUGGACUGGAGGGAUGCGAAGCACUCAUCCCUGCCCUCAAGACAGUCAUCGACAAGUCGAGUGAGAACGGUGUAGAGAGCAUGAUCUUGGGUAUGCCCCACAGAGGACGUUUGAAUGUACUGGCUAACGUCAUCCAUAAAGAGCUGGAGCAGAUCUUUUGUCAGUUUGAUUCCAAGCUCGAGGCUGCUGAUGAGGGUUCAGGUGAUGUGAAGUAUCAUUUGGGGACAUAUCACAGAUGGACUAACCACGUGACUGACCGCAACAUUACCCUGUCGCUGGUGGCCAACCCAUCUCACCUGGAGGCAGUGAACCCGGUAGUGCAGGGCAAGACCAAAGCUGAGCAGUUCUACUGCGGAGACACUGAAGGCAACAGGGUGAUGUCUAUUCUGCUACAUGGAGAUGCAGCGUUUGCUGGACAGGGCAUCGUGUAUGAGACCUUUCACCUGAGUGAUCUGCCCUCCUAUACCACUCAUGGCACAGUACAUGUGGUAGUCAACAAUCAGAUUGGCUUCACCACUGACCCACGUAUGGCCCGCUCUUCUCCCUAUCCCACUGACGUGGCGCGGGUGGUUAACGCCCCCAUCUUCCACGUCAAUGCAGACGACCCCGAGGCUGUGAUGUACGUGUGCAAUGUUGCUGCCGAGUGGAGAGCGACGUUCCAUAAAGACGUGGUGGUGGACUUGGUAUGUUACCGGCGGAACGGCCACAAUGAGAUGGAUGAACCGAUGUUCACGCAGCCACUGAUGUACAAACAGAUAAAGACACAGAAACCUGUGUUGCAGAAAUACGCAGAGAAGCUCAUAUCAGAGGGAGUUGUGACCAGGCAGGAGUAUGAGGAAGAGGUAGCCAGUUAUGACAAGAUCUGUGAGGAGGCUUAUGUGCGUUCCAAAGACGAGAAGAUCCUCCACAUCAAACAUUGGCUUGACUCUCCUUGGCCUGAUUUCUUCACUGUGGAUGGCCAGCCGAAGAGUAUGAACUGUCCCUCCACUGGCCUGAAUGAAGAGCAGCUUGUCCACAUCGGAAAAGUGGCUUCCUCUGUGCCCGUUGAUGGCUUCACCAUCCACAGAGGUCUGAGCCGCAUCCUGAAGAGCAGAGAGGCGAUGGUGGAGAACCGGAUGGUGGACUGGGCCCUGGGCGAGUACAUGGCAUUUGGCUCCCUGCUGAAAGAGGGCAUCCAUGUGCGGCUUAGCGGCCAGGACGUGGAGAGAGGCACCUUCAGCCACCGCCACCACGUACUGCAUGAUCAGAAGGUAGACAAGAGAACCUGCACCCCUAUGAAUCACAUCGAUCAAAAUCAGGCUCCUUACACUGUGUGCAAUAGCUCACUCUCAGAGUAUGGGGUGUUAGGCUUUGAGCUGGGCUUUGCGAUGGCCAGCCCCAAUGCACUGGUGCUCUGGGAGGCACAGUUUGGAGACUUCCACAACACAGCCCAGUGCAUCAUCGACCAGUUUAUUUGUGCUGGCCAGGCCAAAUGGAUUCGCCAGAAUGGCAUUGUCCUACUGCUUCCACAUGGAAUGGAAGGAAUGGGUCCCGAACACUCCUCCGCUCGUCCGGAGCGCUUCCUUCAGAUGUGCAACGAUGACCCUGACGUUUUCCCUAAAAUCACAGCUGACUUUGAGGUACAGCAGCUGUAUGACUGUAACUGGAUAGUGGUGAACUGCUCCACUCCAGCCAACUACUUUCAUGUGCUGAGGAGGCAGAUCCUUCAAGCCUUCCGCAAACCUCUAAUUAUUUUCACCCCCAAAUCCUUGCUACGACACCCAGAAGCCAAGUCCACAUUUGAUGACAUGCUCCAAGGCACAUACUUCAGGCGUUUGAUCCCAGAAGAAGGUGCAGCAUCUCAGAAUCCAGCUGGAGUGAAGCGCAUCAUCUUCUGCACUGGCAAGGUGUAUUAUGACCUGACCAAACAGCGCAAGAACAAAGAAAUGGAGGCUACUGUGGCUAUUGCCCGCAUCGAACAGCUCUCUCCAUUCCCGUUUGACUUGAUGAAGGCAGAGACUGAUAAGUAUCCAGAGGCUGAGCUGGUGUGGUGCCAAGAGGAGCACAAGAACCAGGGCUACUACAACUACAUCAGGCCGCGCAUCUUCUCCACCACUGCCUGUACACGUCCUGUCUGGUACGCUGGGCGUGAACCUGCUGCUGCCUCAGCCACCGGGAACAAGAAAGCCCAUCUCCUGGAGCUGGAUCGUUUCCUGGACACAGCUUUCAACCUGGAUGCCUUCCAGAGCCAGCCCUAAACACCACUCUACCCAAAACCCCUGCUGCCUGCUUAGUAAAGUGCCAUCCUUUCAUCUCUGUCCUUGUCUCCAGCUCCAGAUAUAAUGAAACUGCUUCCCAGUCAUUACUCUGGCACCAUCUCCGUACUGCUACAAUAAAGGAGCAUCCGAGAUGAUAAGUCGGGGUUUAAUUUGUUUUUAAAUUAAAAACUCAAAACACUGGCUGCUUUGAAACUGCGGAUAUUGCACACAUAUAUUCCAGGAGAGAUGGGAGACAGACUGCAUGUCUUCCAUAUCGCAGCUUUUACUGCUGACAAGGUGCAUUAAUCAAGACAUUUGAGACUUUUCUUUAAACACUAUUUAUGUAUCAAAGUGCACAUAAAAAUGCAACAAAAGGUUUGUGACCCUCAGCGUAUACAACACUCGUCUCCAACGCCAGUAAAAGUUUUAUGAGCGAGUGGAAGGAAAUGGACAAUUUUUCUGAAGAGACUGUGAAUGGAAUAUUUUAAGCUUGCCUGUUUUAUAUGUUAGAUUUCACAGACUGUACACAAGGAUCCAUUUGUCCUGUGGCAAUAACUCAGACUUUGUAAAGCAGAAGAAGCAAAGCUAUUUAUAUCCUUCUCAAGAGGCUCCUCAAGCAGAAACAUGAAGUAUACUUUUAUUGUCAAAUAACGUCAAACAAAUCUCUACAAAACGAGUGAAUUUUUAUAUAUUUUCUUAAUAAUGUAUGUUGGACUCUUAAAAUACUUCUUUCAAGAAAAGCGUCUUUUCUUUCAUUCUCUUCUUCGAGUGUAUAUGCACAAAUGUUGCAGUUAAAUGAAUUUCAGUUUCUAAAAACACACACAGCUUUACUUAUUAAAAGAAAUAUCGACACUUCAUGAUUUGUUUUUGUAAUGAAAAUCCCAUUAAAACAGGUGAAUAAAGUGCUCACACCAAAGACAA